UCCAGUGAAAGAUGGCCGCGAGCUGUGUGGCAAGCUCUCUUUGAGGGAACUGAAGUCCUCCUUAUUGUGUUCGAUAGACAUUUGAGGCAUUUUUAAUUAGUACGGAAAAUCCGUUGUCUUUAUCGGGGAAAUGCUUCUGUAACCACACGCUUUGUUUAGAAUUUAUUUAAGAAGACUAAACACUAAGCAGGUGCUGAGUUGUCGGAAUGGCGACUGGAGGGGCUUCGUUUGAUGAUUGCGCAGAUGAGCAGGAGCUACACAACUGGACUGUCACAAAUGGAAGUCUAGAGGACCGUCUCAACAAUAUGGACUGGGGCACUCAUCAAAAGAAAGCCAAUCGCUCCUCAGAGAAAAACAGGAAGAAGUUCUCCACUGUCUCGGAGAGUCGACUGACCAACGACAUCUCUCCAGAGUCCACUCCAGGGGCUGGGCGAAGGCGGGCUCGCACCCCACACUCCUUCCCCCACGUGAAGUACGCCACACAGAUGUCUGUCCCCGACCAGGCCGAGCUCGAGAGACUGCGACAGAGAAUCAACUUCACUGACCUGGAUGAGAGGAGCAUUGGCAGCGACUCCCAGGGCCGGGUCACGGCCGCCAACAACCAGAGGCAGCUGGCGGAGAACAAGAAGCCCUUUAACUUCCUGCCCCUGCACGUCAACACCAACAAGAGUAAGGAGACGCCUGCCGCCGCCGCUACCCCCUCCACCUCCACCCUGGGGGGCAAGGAGCCCAAGAAGCAAAGCCCUGGGAGGGACCUGUUUGCCCCUGUGCCCACCUCCAGCAAGGAUGCCUUUGGGCCAGGCAGGGGGGACCCCAUGGAGGCUGCCCAAGGGGAGCCCACCAUCGACAGCAGUCAGGUUGUCAGUAAGCUGGUGCAGAUCCGGGAGUCUAUUAGCAAGGCCAACUCCAUGCGGGACGACAUGCUGGAGAAGAACGAUGUCCCGGCCAACGUGGAGCGGCUAUCUCACCUGAUCGCACACCUCAAGGAGCAGGAGAGGUCUUACCUGAGGUUUCUGCAGAAGAUGCUGGCGAGGGAGGAAGAGGAAGAGGAGGAUGAGGAGGACGGGGGCACCGUCGACUCGGCCGUGGGCUCGGGCUCGGUGGCGGAGAGCACGUCUUUGAACAUCGAGCCGCGCUCCGAAGCCUCUGGCACCACCGGCCGAGGCGUGCGCGGGGAGCAGAAGGAAGAGCUGGAGAACCUGCGUAAGCAGCACGACCUGCUGAAGAAGAUGCUGGAGCAGCAGGAGCAGCUGCGCGCGCUGCAGGGCCGCCAGGCCGCACUCCUGGCCAUGCAGCAGACCGCCGAGCAGGCCAUGCAGGUCAUGGACGACACCGGUGAGGAGCCCAGGCGGGGGCGCGCACAGAUAGUGGUGACCGAGACCACGGGCAGUGUGUCUGGUAUCAGCAUCACCUCGGAGCUCAACGACGAGCUGAACGACCUCAUCCAGCGCUUCCACAACCAGCUCCAUGACUCGCAGACGAAGGCGGUGCCCGAUAACCGGCGCCAGGCGGAGAGUCUGUCCCUGUCCCGAGAGGUGUGUCGCUCCAGGGUGCCCCAGCAGUCCCACGCGCAGCCCCAGACUCCCGUCUCGCCUCGUGGGGCUUCUGCCGCCCCGGCCGCCGUUUCUGCCUCUGGCUCUGGCUCUGCGUCGGCCUCUGCCGCCACCGCCAAGCUCAGCAAGCUGCAGGAGCUGCAGGACAAGAAGGAGACUAUGGACAAGAUCCUGCAGGAGCUGCACUCCCUCCGAGACCAGACGCUCAACAACAGCUCCUGUCGGGGAGCUUCUCUCUCCUCCCCGCGGGGGUUGGGUGCAGGUGCAGGUGCAGGUGUGUCGUCCGAGCGUCCCUCCGUCCUUGGCCGGGAGGCCAACGGAGCGUGUGCAGUGCGGCAGGACUCCUACCUGGAGGACACCAGCCAUCCUGCUGACAAGCUCAGGAAGCUGAAGGAGGUGCACAAGCGCCUGAACGAGCUGCGGGAGCUGGUCCAGUACUACGAGCAGACGUCGGAUAUGAUGGUGGACGCCGUCAACGAGAACGUCAAGGAUGACGACGACGACGAGGAGACCGACGGGUCGCUUUUCGAGGCGAUAUUCGACUCUGAGCAGGAGAACAGAGAACCCGUCACAAAUAUCAGAAACCCCCGGCACACGGCUAACUGGAUGGACAUGAACAGCCUCAUUAACGGGCGCGGCGCCGGCGGCGGCAGCAACAACAGAGAGGGUCGUCUGAACACGGACUGUGAGAUCAACAACCGCUCCUCCACCAACCUCAGGAGCCUCAACAUCCCCUCUGCCAUCGAAUGCCAAUAUAACAGAGACCGCCAGUUCAACGGCGUGAAGGAUGAGCGCGAUGAUGACGAGGCCCUGCAGGUAGACGGCGCUCGGCGCAGGCGCAGGGACAGCGACGGCUCGGGGUCCAGUCGGCGGAGCAGCCUGGGGGUUGCGGACGAGGACACGGAGUUCGCCCAGAAAGUCCACCGCCUCCAGACCGCCAAACAGAAGCUGCGCCAGCUCCAGGAGCUGGUUGCCAUGGUGCAGAGUGACGAUACGGACGCCACCACCGCCAAUGAGGACGAGGGGCUCCACCAGCAGCCCAACAACACCAGGGCUCCUGCACCCAAAGCCAAGAGGGAGCUCGUCCUCUCAGACCAGGCCCGGGAGAAGCUGUAUGAGGAGAAACUGAAGCAGCAGCAGCAGGAGCUGAAGCAGCUGCAGGAGGAGCGCCAGCGGCUCAUGGACAUCCAGGGCAAGAUACAGGACCUGCAGCGGGCAUGCCCAGACCUGCAGUCGUCCGUGUCCAGCUCUGUGAGCGGGCCGGCUCUGAGGAAGAUCCCGGCGGCAGCGUCCACCCCAGCCUGCGGGCCCCCUGCUUCAGCUACCUCCACCGUCCUCAAGCCCUCCCCUGAAGCUGCCUCCGACUUGGUCACUGACAACGAGCUGUGGACGGAGAUGCGGCGGCACCAGAUCAUGCGCGAGGAGCUGCGCCAGCGCAGGAAGCACCUGGAGAGCCUGAUGGCCGAGCAGCAGCGCCGCAGCGUGCUCCACGAUGCCUCCUACAGGAGCGACGACGCCACUGCAGCGCUCCACGCACACCUCCCACACGCCAUCAGCAGGGACGAGAGGACCAUGGCCACGUGGGGAGGCUCCACGCCGUGCAGACUGGAUGACGAAGAGGACAGCUAUGCUUCAGAGGUGGAGGCUGAGGAAGAGGAGGAAGGAGAGGACUCCGGUGAAGAGUCCAGUUACACUGAUGACCUGCAGGUUUACCCCAGGAAGCAACCGUCCUACAGCAGCAAGAAAAGCAGGAACAGUCUGAAGGGCUCGGGGGGUUACCCGGGGGAGAGUGGGCGGAGCCAGUCCAAGCAGCAGCAGCAGCAGCAGCAGCAGCAGCAUCAGGGUGAGGGCAGCAGCGGCGGGCGGCGGCAGGAGAACCUGCGGUGGGCGACGGACCUCUCGUUCACCGAGGGCACGCACUACUGGCAGGAGCAGGUCAGCCAGCUGCAGAAGCAACUGGACUUCAGCACCAGCAUGUGCCAGACCCUGCUGCAGGACCAACAGACUCUGUCCUACAUGCUGCAGACGCUGAUGACGGGCCCGUAUAACGUGCUGCCAGGAAGCAUGGCCUCGCCGCAGGUGCCCCUCAUCAUGCACCAGCUCAACCAGUGCUACACACAGCUAGCCUGGCAGCAGAGCAACAUCCAGAGGUUGAAGCAGGGUCUGAAUGAGCUGCUUCGUAAGCAGCAGCAGGAGCAGCAGCAGUCGGGGCAGCAGAAGUCUCGUGUCCAGCCGGCCUCCACGCAAGACUCCAGCACCUGCUCUCUCUCCCCCUCCGUCUUCCUGCCCUAUGCCCUCAACUUGCCCGGGCUUGCCCCCUGCUCUCCUGGCUUCAACAUGGCGCCCAUGUUUCCCUCCGCGGCAGGCGAGUUCCCCCAGAGUCCUGCUGCGCAGGCUGGCACCUCUCAGCAGCAACAGGACCCAAACCUCUCCAUGAAGACGGAGUACAUGAGCUUCCCACCGCCCCUGCAGAGGUCCACAUUCAACAACACGGACAACCGGCCUCAGGCAGACAGCAGCCUGACGGACCCCCAGAGCCCCGGCUGGCUGAACGGCUCCCACGGCCCCCAUCAGCAGCAGCAUCAGCAUCAUCAGUCCCAGCAGCAGGCGCCGCCCCCCGGCUCAGGGGCCCGCCUCCCCCAGACGCAGCGGCCGCAGCUGCAGCAGCAGCAGUCCUACUCCCCCUCCUCGUCGCCGGUGGCGCCCAGACUGCUGCGAGCGCGUUGCUACCAGCAGCAGGACUCGCAGGAGUCGCUGAGCAGCAUGCCCGACCCGGGGGACCCCACCACCGUCACCAGGACCUACCGGCCCGGCAGGAAGGCCUCCGCUCAGGCCAGCCUGGCCUCACGAGACAAAACGCCCAACGCCAAGAGCCGACGGAGGAGGGGCAAGGGAAAACAUGCAGGUGUGGAGAGCGACAGUGUGUCCAGCACAGCAGACUAUUUCCAGGGGAGGGAGAGGGGCAGAGCCCCCCAGGCCCCGCCCAGAGGCCACAACCAGAGUCUACUGGACAAACUCACCCAGGAGAAGCUGGACAGCAAGACCAAGAGCACCAAGCCCAACGACGUGUCAUCAGCGUAUGCUUGGAGAACACCCUUCCUCUCUAACAGAAUUGCAUGCACUGAAGCUCCAGAUGCCAGCAGUGAUUUCUCGCUGUUCGAAGCUCUGAGGGAGACCAUCUACUCUGAGGUGGCUACUCUCAUCUCCCAGAACGAGUCGCGCCCCCACUUCCUCAUUGAGCUUUUCCACGAGCUGCAGCUUCUCAAUUCUGACUACCUUCGUCAGAGGGCCCUCUACUCAUUACAGGACAUCGUGACCAGGCACCUGACGGAGAAGAACGUGGCGGAGGACCAGGCUUCCUCCUUGGGGCCGGCGCUGUGGGUGGGGGGCUCCCAGUCUGAGCUCACUCCUAGUGAGAGUCUGGUCACCAGUGAUGCGGAGAUGUCGGAAAAGAACAUGGGGCUGAAGCCGAAGCUGGCGGCCGACGGCGACUCUGUGGAUGAAGAGAGCUUCAUAUCCACCUCCUCCAACCUGGAGCCCUUCGCCAGUGAUGAUCUAGGUAACACAGUGAUUCACUUAGACAAAGCUCUGGCCAGGAUGAGAGAAUAUGAGCGCAUGAAGCUUAAGGUGUUUAACCCGAGCAACAAAAACAGCUCUGCUGCUGACACCUCUAACACUGACCUGCCCCCACCUAGCAAUGCUGCUGCUUCUGCUUCUGCUGCUGGACUACUGGAAGGGUCCUGUCAGGCGUCUGGAGACAUGCGCUGCCCUCAAAUUGACACCCAGCAGCUGGACCGGCAGAUCAAAGCCAUCAUGACCGAGGUCAUCCCCUUCCUGAAGGAGCAUAUGGACGAGGUGUGCUCCCACCAGCUGCUCACCUCCGUGCGCCGCAUGGUGCUCACGCUCACACAGCAGAACGACGAGAGCAAAGAGUUUGUGCGCUUCUUCCACCGGCAGCUGGGCGGCAUCCUCCAGGACUCCCUGGGGAAGUUUGUGGGUCGCACGCUGCAGGAGUGUGGGGAGGACCUGCUGGUGGAGAUCUCCGAGAUCCUGUUCAACGAGCUAGCCUUCUUCAGACUCAUGCAGGACCUCGAUAACAACAGCAGCAGCGGAGCCAAGAACCGCACCAAGAGAAGCCGUAGCGCUGUCUCCACCAAACACGCCAACAAGACUGAGGGGAAAGGCACUGAUGGAGAGAAUACAUUUUUGCCAGCGUACGGUGACCAAGACAAGGAUCGAGAUGAGACCGUGCAGGAAGGGGCCACUCACAACCUGGAGAAAGAAGAGCAUUUGGAAGAGAAGGAUGGACUGAGCAGCGAAGCCUCUGAAGUGGAGGAGGAAGAGGAAGAGGAGGAGGAGGAUGAAGGAGAAGAGGAAGAGGAGGGGAGAGAUGGAGAUGGACCACGCCUUUCUAUCAGCCUGUCCAAGGCAGAGACUCAGCCCUUGACCAACUAUGGCAGCGGUGAGGACGAGAACGAGCUGGAGGAGAUGGAGGAGUUUGAGGCUGGGCCAGUGGAGGUCCAGACAUCGCUGCAAGCCAGCACCGACACCACACAUGACAGCAAACAGUGCAAUGGAGUGCUGCAGAACAGCACCAGUCCAGAUCAUGACGCCUCUGAGGCCAAUGAAGCCAAGAGCACCAAGUCCGAGUCCAUAGAGGUGAUGGACUCCCCGGAGGAAGACCGCGGGAGCGGGCUCUCUGGAGCCGAGCCAGAGGCCCAGGGUGAAGCCGAGAGGAGUGAGGUGCCCUCCGUCCCCGUCACCGUCAACGGGCAGGGAGGCUCCCAGGGCUCCAGUUCCGGAACCCCCGACACGGAGUCCCCCGUCAUGAUCAGUGUGGACGAGGUGGGAUCAGGAAACACUAGCCAGAAAUCUGACGAGGAUGACUUUGUGAAGGUGGAGGAUCUGCCACUACAGCUCUCUGUAAUGUCUGAGGAGGAGCUGAGGAAGAGGAUCACGGAGGAGCAGCAUAACAACAACCUGACAGCGGAGCUCCUCAACGGCAACACCGAGGGCCUCACGGGGCUCAUUGGUGAUGGCCUGGCCCUGAGAGAACCUGAGACCGUCGGAGCCCAGAGUGCAUGAGGACGUCUGGGCCGCCCCCAACACUAGUGCAACAUCAUCCAUGCCGCUUUACACUAGAGGAAAGUGACUCAACACUUGUGUUAAGGUUAAGCUGAGCCUACGAAAUGGAAAAAGAGACUAAUCUCAUUAAGUUCGAAUGGCGCCAUGCUGCUGCAAUCUACUGUUCUACAUAGAAGGAAGUGUCUAACUGUACAUGAAGGGGUUCUUUGUUGAACUCUAGAUGACGUUUUUAUAAGACGGAAAUUUUAGGGUUAGAGGACUCAUGUUGCUGUCCAUAGGCUCUGCAGUAGUCCGUAUGUUUUUUGUUUUGUUUUGUUUUGUUUUUUUCUGUCUUUUAUGAUUUUUUGUUUUGUUUUGUUAUUUUAAAAGAAGCCUCGGAGAGGAAGCUGGUUAGGAUGGGCUUGCGUCCUGUUGUGGAUAUUUGCAAUCAGUUCCUGUUACUUAGUUAUGGCAUGGUGGCGUUUCUGUGCCUGACUGCAUUAAAUAGCCCCCCACCACCCUGCAGCCUGCCCCCCCACCACCCUGCAGCCUGCCACCCCAACACCCUGCAGCCUGCCACCGUGCACAUGGCCUUUUUUAAGCCUUGGUUCAGUAGAAGCAGGUACGUAUCUCAGAAUUAAACUUUUUUUUAGUAGAUCUGUUAACAUGUGAUCGGUCAGAGUACAGUUGCCAAAACUUGCUCGCUUGGUAUGUCAUGGGCUACAUGGCAAAAGAGAAUGGACCCCCCCUCCCCCGGCACUAAAAUGUCUGUCUCUGUCUGUCUGUCCGUCUUGCCUGCCUUCUGUGGGGGGUUGGGGUAGAGGUUGACCCCAGAUGCACUCUUUUAAAUGUGUAUGUAUCGUUUUAUUUUUGUUUUCAGGCACGUUGGCCUUUUUCAGUGCUUGGGCAUCUUAUCCCAUUCUGAUUUCCAUGUAAUUCAGAUAUUUACUAUGAGGUUUUAAGAUUAAAUGGAAAAAAAAAGAAUAAAAUAUUGAUUUUUACUUUUCCCUCCA